ACGAUCUUGGUCAUCAGGCUCCGUUGAUGCUCUUCAGGCAACGCCGAUUGAUUAUUUGAAUUUUGAGCUCAUCUUUAUCACCGUGAUCAUGAAGUUAAACUUGAAUCAGAACUACCAUUAUCAGAGUUUUACAAAAGAUCGAUCCUUUCCGAGCAAACGUUGCAGCUCUUGUAUGUUCAAGAAGCAAACUAUUUUAGAUUCAACGAUGUUGGCAUCAAAAUCAAUACUCUAACUUUUUGCCUCUUUCUCAAAUACCAGUGUGGAGAAAGCGGGUGGUGAGCUUUUACUACGGGGAACUAAGUCUAACUGAGUCAUCCUAGAAGAAUUAUUUCACUCUCACACUAUUUAUGAUUGAAUUGAAUCCCUCUAAGUGACGACCGACAACGAGAAACUAAAGCUAACCAUCAUUGAUUGACGAGUACGAAAGAGGUGUUGCCGACCAUCAAGAACUAGUCUUAAGCCACCAAACAAAGACGAGCAAAAAUGAGAAUCGAAAAGUGCUGGUAUUGCAGUUGCAACAUCUAUCCUGGGCAUGGGGUGAUGUUUGUGCGCAACGACUGCAAGACGUUUCGGUUUUGUAGUGGAAAAUGCCAUUCACAUUUCAAGAUGCAUCACAACCCAAAGAAGCUGAAAUGGACCAAGGCUAGCAGAAAGUACGAAUAUUUCAUACUAAGGCUCUAUUUUGGAUGCUGUCUAUGACUAUGCACUACCACUAGAUAGUUCUUGUAGCUAGUUGUACAUGAAGAUGAUGUUUCUUCUAUUUUUCCUCUUUGUAGUUCUACGACGUGAGAUGAAGGUGAAGAUGAACUUCCAGUUUAUUAGUGUCAACAUCUGUUUUAUCCUAUUCCAAGAACCUGAUCUUUUGGAACUUUUGAAAGAAGCAAGAAUCGAUUGCAAAGGUACCGCGGCAAGGAGAUGGUUCUUGAUCCAACGUUUGAGUUUGAGAAGCGACGCAAUGUGCCAACGAGAUACGACAGAAACCUGUGGAUUAAGACCAUCCAGGCUAUGAAGCGAAUCCAAGAGAUCAGACAGGUGAGGAAAAUCAGGUUCCACAAGCGACGACUGGCCAAUCUGGUGAAGAAGCGGGAGUCAGCGGCACAGAAGGAACUGAAGAAACACGCAGACGUCGUAAAAGUCUUCGGAAAGAAGCUAGACAGAGAAGCGAUCAAGAAGAAGAUCGUGAAAAAGGUAGCGGAAAAGAAGGAGAUGGAGAAAGUGGUCAGAAUGGAUGUGGCAUAAGUGGCACGCUGAGGAACUACGGGUCUUUGGUUUUACACAUAUGAUAUUAUAUCGAUCAAAAUUGUUACGCAGUUUCAAAUUUGCUUAUCGAAGAUGGUGCAUGAAGAUUAUAAUUAUGAGGUAGUUAAGAGAUCGUUAUUGAAGAUCAACAUAUAGUCGACAUAAGUUCUAUGAGCUGGUUCGACAUGGUCAUGGUGAUGAUCGUGAUGGUAACGCAACUGAGAUGGUUUAGUUCGCACUGCUAGAACUGCUCCUAUAAGUAGCGGUCUUAGAAGGACAUGCGAACGAAAGGACGUUGUCGGAUUGUCGGAUCUGCACCGAAUGCAUAUGAUAAAAAGGUAAUGCGAAAAAAUGGACAUGCAC